AUGGCCUCCAACGCCGAAGACAUGCGCCUUAUCUGGCGCUCCCUGCCCCACGACAUCACAACAAUGAUCAUCCUCGAAAACGUCCUCACGCCCCUCAAAAUCCACGGAUACACCUCUUUCGGCCGCGAGCGCACUCAGGAAGUAUCCUCGAAAGACUGGCAAAUCGUCCGCAACGCCCUCGCGAUCUCACGCUCCACGCGCAAAGCCGGCAUCCACGCCCUCAACACCUCCGGCGCGAUCGAACACGUCUACCCCAACGACCCUCGCUAUGUAACGUACACUUUAGGCGGCCGACCAUUCCAUCAGCCGUCAGAUCAGCUUCUGCGGCACUUCCGAUGGGUGUUUACUGCUUUCAGCUCCCACGACUUCUUUGUACGGAUGCCCGUGCCCGGCACGCUGAGGAGGGUGGAGCGGAUGGAGUUCAAGGGUGGGAAGGCUCCGCUGGAGAGUCUUUCGGAUGAGGGUCUGGAGCAGUGCAUGAGUGUUUGGUGUCAGGUGGCGGUGACGAGAGCGUGGAUGUUUGAAGCCGUGGGUGGGUGGAACUUGUGUGCGGCCAGUGGGCAGGCGGAGGACAUUCGGAAAUUGGUUGUUUGGGUGAAGAAGGGAGGAGAGUCGAUGGGGCAGAAGACAGUAUGGUGA